AUGCUCGCAAGCACAGGUAGGAGCGCGGCGAGGCGAAUCGCGAAUGUACGAUUUUCAUCACCACGACUUCGCAUACCAGCAGCUGCCGUACGUUCAAGCCCAGCUAUUGUCAAUGUAAUCCAAGCGUCAGUCUCAGGCAGCUUACAACAGUCUCGGAACUAUGCUUCGGGACGACCACAUCCUCCAGGUGGCACUCAUCGGAUGAACUUGUCGGGCGAACCCGAGAAACCAGCACUGGAACAGUACGGAGUCGAUCUCACAGACAGAGCAAGGUCUGGUAAGCUGGAUCCCGUGAUAGGCCGAGACCAAGAAAUUCAGCGGACGAUCCAGAUCCUGUCAAGACGAACGAAGAACAACCCUGUCUUGAUUGGUGCGGCUGGAACAGGCAAGACCGCCAUUAUUGAAGGCCUGGCGCAAAGGAUCGUCAAGGGCGAUGUUCCGGAAAGUAUCAAGGAGAAGAAAGUCAUCUCCCUGGAUCUAGGAAGCUUGAUAGCGGGUGCGAAGUUCAGAGGUGAUUUCGAGGAGAGAUUGAAGAAGGUGCUAAAGGAGGUCGAGGAGGCGGAAGGAAAUGUGAUCCUGUUCAUUGAUGAACUACAUACGCUGCUUGGGCUGGGCAAAGCUGAAGGCUCGAUAGACGCAUCUAAUCUCUUGAAGCCAGCUCUGUCACGAGGUGAGUUACGUCUUACAGGAGCAACGACGCUCAACGAAUACCGUCAAAUUGAGAAAGAUGCGGCGCUUGCAAGACGAUUCCAGCCAAUCCUUGUUGGCGAGCCUACGGUGCCGGACACGAUUUCUAUUCUGCGAGGGAUCAAGGACAAAUAUGAGGUCCAUCACGGUGUUAGGAUCACAGAUGAUGCUCUCGUAGCAGCAGCCACAUACUCCAACCGCUAUAUUACAGAUCGUUUCCUGCCAGACAAAGCCAUUGACCUCGUCGACGAAGCAGCCUCAGCGCUACGUUUGCAGCAAGAAAGCAAACCAGACGCAAUCCAGGAACUUGAUCGACAGAUCAUGACGAUUCAGAUCGAGCUUGAAAGCUUACGGAAAGAAAGCGAUGUGGCGAGCAAGGAACGACGAGAGCAGCUUGAGCGGACUCUGACACUCAAACAAGAUGAAGCCGGUCUCUUGACAGAAAAGUGGGAGAAGGAACGAGCAGAAAUCGAGACGAUCAAGAAAGCCAAAGAAGACCUCGAGCAAGCACGAACUGACCUUGAGCAAGCUCAGCGAGAAGGCAACUUUGCUCGAGCGUCCGAGCUACGAUACGCCAAAAUUCCUGAAUUGCAAAGAAAACUUCCAGCAGAAGAAGGUGGUGAAGGUGCCGCUUCGGCCUCGGUUUCAGAGACAUUAAUCCACGACUCUGUGACGGCAGACGACAUUGCUGGCGUUGUAGCGAGGUCGACAGGUAUACCAGUAACCAAGCUCAUGAGUGGCGAGGUGGAGAAACUCGUACACAUGGAAGACUCACUACGGAUUUUCGUUCGCGGGCAGGACGAGGCCUUAACAGCUGUUUCAAACGCCGUCCGGCUACAGAGGGCGGGCCUGUCUGGCGAGAAUCGGCCGCUGGCUUCGUUCAUGUUCCUCGGACCUACUGGUGUGGGCAAGACGGAACUGUGUAAGAAGAUGGCUGGGUUUCUGUUUAGUACUGAGCAGGCCGUCAUUAGGUUCGACAUGUCCGAGUUCCAGGAAAAGCAUACGGUGUCCCGUCUCAUUGGUAGUCCGGCUGGCUAUGUAGGGUACGAAGAUGCUGGACAGUUGACUGAGGCUGUCAGGCGGAAGCCUUAUGCUGUUCUGCUAUUCGACGAAUUCGAGAAGGCUCACCGAGACAUUAGCACUUUGUUGCUGCAGGUACUGGAUGAGGGGUUCUUGACGGACGCACAAGGUCACAAAAUUGACUUCAGAAAUACUAUGAUUGUCCUCACGAGCAAUCUUGGCGCCGAAGCUCUUGUGGCCGAUGAGAGCACAUCGUCUGACAUCAGUCCCUAG